AUGUUUGUCUUUCCUGCAUUCGAUGUUAAUUAUAAGACUCGAAAGAGGUCUUUUCGGUGCUGUCAGAAUUGUCGGAUCAAGAAGGUGAAGUGUGAGAUUAAUUCGACUAAUUCCGAGCUGUGUUCAAAUUGUCGUAAACAUAAAUGGAAGUGUGAUUUAAGUAAAUCUGAUGAUAAUACGACGGAUAGUCUGAUAACAGAUGAGAGAAUAACGAUUGCUAAUACUCCUGAUAAUAGAAGCCGGGGCGACAAUAAAGUAAAAAGAAAAGAUAGUCCUCUGAUACCUAAGACAGAUUCAUCGGAUACGCAGAAAAUCACUCCACAGUAUUUGAAAGAGAGAUAUAACUUCAAUAUUUCAGGGAUGGGCCGGACAUUUUUGUAUCAGUAUUUAGUCCAUGGCCACCCAAAGGCUGUUAUGGGGAAUAAAAUGGAGGAUCAAAGUGUAUGGCACGAAUCUGGGGUAUAUAUUGACGAGAAGUCAAAGCCCGAUUUAAAUGGGCCAUCGAGUAGAGGCUACAAAAACAACUCUUUUAAAUCGGAGUUUCAUAUUAGAAAUCGGAAAACAUAUAAUAUAUUGCUAUCUAUCGAUGCUUUUACGUUGUCCACAGAUGAGUACCCAUUGACUAGCUCGGAAAUAAGGGACUUACUUGAAUUAUACUUCUAUAAAAUUAAUUCCCUUUUUCCUAUAGUUAAAGAAAAAAGAUUUUGGGCAGAAUUCGAAUCUAAUGAAGUACCAACAAUCCUUAUUUAUGCUAUUGUUUUGGUGAUACUGAGGGAUAUAUUGGCGGAACCAAUUCUAAAAAAUAUGUUUGCUAGAAAUCGUGAGGCUAGUAAUAAAGGUCAUGACUUUACAGAUAAUCUUGUUAAUUUCAUUACAGAUUUAGAAUAUAAAAUACGCCAAGUAACCUUAAUAUUACCACAAUUAGGUGAUAUUGAUAAAAUCACAUUGUUGGUAGAGCUGUUGUUGUUGUCAUUGCAUUUUAGUUUUGAUAGACUUGGUAAUGAACAAAGUUCUCAUGAUUUAACGGAUGCUAUUAAUUUAGCAGUAUCCUCUGGUAUACAUAUGAAAAGUCAACAUAGCAAUAAAGCAUGCAAGGAAGAAAUUGAGUAUACAACAAAUCUCUGGUGGUGUUGUUAUGUACUUGAUCGAUUCAAUGGGCUCACCAAUUCGAGGUGCAUUUUUAUCAAACAAGAAGAUUUCAACGUUGAUUUACCAUACAACAAUAUCAAUCUUCUUAAACUAGUGCAGUUAGCACGCUCUUAUGAAAAUAUGACAAUCGCCAUUUAUCAACCAUAUAAUAAUAAUGAUCUCAAUAAUAAUAAUGCUCUAAAAAGAGAUAAACUCUUCAAUGUUGAUGAGUUUCAGAGGCUUGAAUUUGAAUUUUGCGAGAAAGAAAAGCUAAGUGGAAACCAGUUUUGUGAUGUACAGGGAUUAGUAAAUAAUGGCAAAAUUAUUAAUACAGAUGUCUCUGUUGAGGCAUAUACUGCAGCUUGUAUACAUUUCUUGACAAGGUUAUUCAACAACACUAUUAUUCUAAUUUCACAGAAAGUUAAAUAUGAUAACAAUCAAAUUCCCAAUUCGAUACCCGAAGCUGUUACUUUAGAAGCGUCGAAGAAUAUUCUUAGAUAUGUUAUGCAAACCAAGGAUGAAAUUAGUUUGAAUAUUCCUUUAAUCCCAUGGUGCAUUGCAUUAGGAAUGGCUGUGUCUUUAAAGAAGAAAGCGAAGUAUAUGCUAAAAAUUGGAGAUGGACAUGCUAAAGAAGAUGAUUGUGUGUUCGAUUUGCAUAAUUAUAUUACUGUUUUAGACGAAUAUUCGAAAAAAUGGUGGGUAGUUGAUGAGAUCUGUAAACUAACAAAGGAUUUUUUUGAGAAAUUGAAUACAAGCUCAACGUUAAACAAGAGAUAUUCAAAUGGUGAAGACUCCAAAAAUAAAAGAUCAAAAAACGAAAAGCCUUUUAACGGAGGUGAAGAAUACCCUAACGGACUGGAACUUUCUCAAAACCAGAGCUCUGUAGAUAUUGCCAAUAACAAGAUAAGAUAUAUACCAACUGGUGAUUCUAUGAAACCUUCCAACCUGAGACCCAAUCCCAUACCUUCCAUACUGAAUUUGCUAAAUGAAAGUAAAGAGGAGAAUAUUGUUACACCAUUCGAUUUCAAUAGUUUAACGCCAAAUAAUAAUUAUAUUGCAAAUGCCAGACAAGUCGGUACACCGCCUUUCUCAGACCAGUAUCAUGACUUCCUAGAAUCUAUGCAUAUCGAUUUAUUUGAUAACGACUUCUUGAAGGAUUUCCCAAAUAUUGUUAAUCAGCUUAUGGACGGAGAAUGA